AUCAGAACGAUUCUACAUUCCAAGACGAAUCAGAAGAUACUUCUGAUAGUAUAUUAGAAUAUAAUUCGGAUUCUAUAUUUGUUACACCUUUUGAAUCUUCAGCUUUAUAUAAUGAAUAUUCAAUGUCGUCUUCUAAUCUUGAGUGUACUACUUUAUUAUACACUUCUGAAUCUUUAUAUAGUUCUGAACCACUUACUUUAGAUAACCCUGAAAAUCUUACUUCACCACCAGAUAGUUUCACUUAUUCGGAUCCUCCUAAUAUUAAUUUUUCUCAAAAUACUAAAAAACACAAAUCAGUUUUUGCUACAUCCAAUAAAAAACCUAAACCCAGAAAAAGUUGGGUAUGGAAACAUAUGAAAAAAGAUAAAUUUAUAAAAAAAGAAACAAAAUGCUUAGUUCUAAUUAAAAAAGUUGAAAAAAUAGAACCAUGCAGAGAAACUUUUGCGCUUCUUACUAGUACUAGUACACUCAGAGCUUAUCUACGUACAGUACAUCAUUUGUCAGAAAAAGAAAUACUAAAAAAUGCACAAGAAGAAAUAAAUAAAAAAAAUAAUCGUGCUACAAGUCGUGGACAACUUUUAGAACAAAUAGCCACAAUGUCUUCCACACUUCAAAAUGCUGAUCGAGAAAUUCGUAAAGAUGGAAAAAAAUUAGAGGCUUUACUGUUAAAUAAAAAAGAAUUAUUAGGUCUUAAAGAACUUAUUAGUUUAUUAGAACCCUUUACUCAUAUAAUAUGUCUAAUGGGUAGUAAUACAUAUCCUACACUCUCUCUUAUGCUUCCAACAAUUGCAACCCUUCAAGAACACUUGUUUAAACUAGAAAAAAUCCUUACCCAUCAAAAAGAUCCAAAAAUAGAAGGAUAUUUAGCUACAAUUUUGAAUCCUCAUUUUAAAAAUCUAAAAUUCGCCCCAGAAAAAUUCGAAGAAACAAAACAAUAUCUCAAACAAAAAUGA